AUGGAGGAGGUCGAAGGCAAGGGCUCGGUCCAAAGAAGGCGUCGUCGAGUCAAACCGACGGAAGAAGCGGAGAGUAGAGAGACGCCAGAUGAUCCCAAAGAUCGGGGUGAAGGGCAGCAACCACCGGUUAGCGAAAGAGAUGAUUAUGAAAGAGGCGAGGAACCGAGGGAUGAUGCAAGGAACCACGACGGAUCUUCAGGGCAGACAGAUAUGAUGCUCCCCGCGGGUACAACAGAGGACGAGGAAGAGACUGGAGAUAGCGAGGAACGGGAGGAAACGGAAGAAGAGGAAGAAGACGAUGACAGUUCCAGCGUCCAUAGCGACAGUUCCCUGAUGGCGGCCUCCCUGAGGAAGAUCAGCGAGAAGGUGGGAGAGCUGGAGGCACACAUCAUGCAGAAGGUGGAGAAGACAAGAGCCAACAUUGAGAGAGUUUUCUCACUACGCCUGGACAGCUCUCCCCGUUUGAUAAGCUCCCCGAAUGGCUACAACGACAACGAGUACCUGACGCAGAGCAUCGCCCCACCGAUGCACUCGUUUCUACGGCUGCUUCACAAGGAGCAUGUUCACGCAUCGCACACGCGAGACAUGGAACAUCUGGACAGUCGCACUAUGCUUCCUGGGGUUUUGGCGCUUCUUUGUUGCAUCUGA